UUAACAAGGCAAUCUAAUGGUAUACUAUCAAAUAUGCGUGAAGCCAAUGCAAUUUUUCUUUUUAUCAACGUAAAUGAUAAUUCCAAACAUAGCAGAAACUCUUCUGCGAGUUUAUCUCCUCAAAGCCAUCCAAUCUCUCUCUCUCUCCUUCCUUCUCCUAUACCUCAAAAUCCCAUCAAACCUUGUAAUAAAGAUCUCUCUAGUCACUACCCAUGUAUACAUAAUUAAUGGCUAUCUGUCUUCAGAUCUGCCUUCUUCUGUCAUUUUCAUCUUAAACACGAUCCAUGUAAAACGAAAGCUGAGACCCUCUCCUCCCUCUACACACAUCAGAUUCGAAGAGAUAUAACAUGGGUCGUAGCUUCACGAUCGGGCUAAUAACAGCAUGGUACUCCUCAAACAUUGGAGUAUUAUUAUUAAACAAAUACUUGCUCAGCAACUACGGAUUCAAGUACCCAAUUUUCCUCACCCUAUGUCACAUGAUGUCGUGUUCUUUGCUCAGUUACAUUGCCAUUACAUGGCUCAAGGUUGUGCCUUUGCAGACGAUGAGGUCAAGAGUGCAGUUUUUAAAGAUAUAUGCACUUGGGAUCAUUUUUUGCUUGUCGGUUGUCACUGGCAAUAUCUCGCUUAGGUAUCUUCCGGUGUCGUUUAAUCAGGCUAUUGGGGCUACUACUCCCUUUUUCACUGCUGUGUUUGCAUAUUUAAUGACACUGAAGAGGGAGAGUUGGGUCACUUAUGUCACUCUUAUUCCUGUUGUUACUGGUGUUGUCAUCGCCAGUGGGGGAGAACCAAGUUUUCAUCUCUUUGGUUUUAUAGUGUGUGUUGGUGCAACAGCAGCACGUGCACUCAAGUCAGUGCUUCAAGGGAUCUUGCUGUCUUCUGAAGGGGAAAAGCUCCAUUCAAUGAACCUAUUAAUGUACAUGGCUCCUGUAGCUGUUGUUUGCCUUGUUCCUGCAACAAUUUUUAUGGAAGGAGAUGUGCUUGGGAUCACAGUUGCCCAUGCCAGGGAUGAUAAGCGAUUUAUACUCUAUCUGACCUUCAAUUCUGCACUUGCAUAUUUCGUGAAUUUGGCCAAUUUCUUGGUCACUAGACACACCAGUGCCUUGACGCUCCAGGUGCUGGGAAAUGCAAAAGGGGCUGUUGCAGUUGUUAUUUCAAUUUUGAUAUUCCGAAAUCCUGUAUCAGUGACUGGUAUGUUUGGAUACUCAAUAACUGUAAUUGGGGUCAUUCUCUACAAUGAAGCCAAGAAAAGGUACAAAUGAGACAUCAUGCAGGCAAUACAAAUAUAGAUUCCAUCUUUUUCUGAUGUUUAUUUAACUGAAGAUGUAUUCAGCAGUUGCAGGCUUUGACUUGGGCAGUAAGUUCAUGUCACAAGCUAUAACUUGACCUCUUUCAAAUUCUUAAAGUUAAUAUUAGGGAACCAUCAAAUAAAGUAAGGCCUUUUUCUCAGCCAAGUGCUUCUGGGCAAUCAGUCCAUCUCAUUUGGAGGUUGGUGGAAUGUUCAUCCCUUCAACUUGGCUCUUCUUUUUUCCCCCUUUUUACAAAAUUUUGAUCACCAAAAGGUACAAUUUUGGUUUAUUGAUAGGAAGAUUAUGCUAAGAUAAUUUUUGCUCCAUUAUUGAUUCAAUUUUCUCCCCUAAGUGGUAGUUGACUUGUAUUCUUCUAUACUGGUGCCUGGCAAUUGGCGUGCAACUCACUUGCCGCACCAUAUGUGGAACUUCAUUAUAUUUGACA